GCACAAGUUUGAUGUGCACACACCGGUGAGGUCACAUUCCUGCCUCACACACGGAAGCACGCCGCAGUGCGUGGAUUUCACUGCUGUCGUUGAGGAAUAACAUUCAGUCCCUCCGACUCCAUCCGCUCUUAACGUGUUUCGCUUUUUUUUAGCUGGUUUCUUGUGAUCGUGCGGGGAGACAUCGGGCCACUGACGGGCGCUCUGUCGGGAGGAGGGGGACCGAGCCCCCAGAGCCCCAAAGGCGGCCGCAGGGUUGGAGAUGUUGGCGUUUCUUGUGAACUUGUGAAAACAUGAGCGCUCCUCACAGCGAUGUGGACGGUGUUAUUCUUUCUGAACCUGGGAGCUCUGCACUGCACAGUCUCCCGCUCCCUCCCCAGCCCAAUCAAUGUGACUUUCUCUUCAGUAAAUCUGAGGAAUGAGCUGCAAUGGUUCCCAGGAAGUGGCACACCGGCUGACACGCACUUUAAAGUGGAGUAUGCCAUCUAUGGGGACAGUGUUGAGGGCAGCAAAGGCAGGAAGGAGAACUGGAGGGCGGUGCGGCGGUGUACGGAAAUAAUGCGCAGCUGGUGUGAUCUGAGCAAUGAGACGUGGGACCAGGAGGAGGGAUACCAUGCCAGGGUCUGUGCCGUGAGCCGGAGAAGAGUCUCCGCAUGGGCCUUGACGCGGUGGAGAUUCGAUCCAAAGACGGACACUAGUUUUGGACCUCCACUGGUCUCUGUGGAAAUAGAGGACAACAACGCCAUCUUCACUCUGAAGGGACCAAUGAGAUAUCAGUCUGACAACCGCUCCCCAGCGAUUUCCAUGGCAACACUAUACCCCCAGAUGACUUACAACCUCUCCAUUGAAAAUCGUGGCACCACACUCCACGUCCCAGUGGUCUCCAAUUCGUACACAUAUCGACUGAUGGAGUACAAUACAGAGUAUUGUUUCUCCGCCAAGACGAGAUUCCAGUCCAUGCCCGCCAAAUGCCUGUCGUUAGCACGGCACUGCAUAACCACGCCUCAAGACCCUCUGAUUGGCCAGCUGCAGAGCGUGGUUGUGGGUAUUGUUAUUCCAUCUGUGUGCAUGUGUAUGCUGGCGGUGCUUGGCUACUUCCUCUAUCGCUACCUGACGGGGAAAGGACAGAAGAGCCCAUAUAUACUGGACCCGCCUGCUUUUCAUCCGCCCGUUCUGAUGCUUCCCCCGGAUAAUCCCAACAUCAUCGUCAUCACCAUCAUCAAGGAGAUAGGUGUCAAACCAGACCCCGGCCCACCGGGAUACGCCUCCCAGAGGCCCGAGGAGCCCUGGGAUGACCUGUUAGUCGACUACGGGUUUGUUGGCGUUACUCCCGAAACCGCUACCGGAGGAGACGGUGGGAAUAACCCGAAAGGUGAAGACCAGGAACGCGCGGCCGGACACAGGUACGAGAAAAAAGAGUGCGGACGCUCCGCUGGGCAGAAGCGGGCAGAGAUGAACACGCCUACACAAGCGCGGGCGUGGUUACUGGCGCAAACUCAGGCGUCGUCACUGGCAACCACGCGAGAGGAGGAUGGAGAGUUUCCAGGACUGUUCAUAAGCACAACCCCACAAACUGGCCUCUUCCGAAUGCCUUUAAAUCUACCGACGACGCAGGGAGCGAUAGAUGGAGGUGCAGAGAACAGAGGUGAAAACGAGGAGCUGCCCCUUCUUUCUGCUUAUGCCCGUCGGCACGACACAGACACGCCGCCCUCCCACUCCGACCCGUCAGAUUUCUCACCCGACGACCGCGUCGCUCUGAGACCGGCGCACAGAAUAGACGAAGGUGAUUACGAGGAGGAGGGAAAUAUUUGCAUUGAUUGGAAUCCCGAGACCGGGAGACUAGUGCUGCCGCAGGCGGAUGUGUUGAUGCUGGGAGAGAAAGGGGGAAAGAAGGAGGAGGAGGUUGAGUUGAGGUUGGAAAAUGUGUUCGUAAGACAAGGGUCAGAGGAAAUGGCGGAGGCCCAGAGAGAGAUGGAGGGAGGUGGAGGAACGGGGUGGGAGGCAGAUGACCUUUUGACCAGAUGGAACUUGGUCAUCUCCAUGGACCAGUAGAUGAUAUUCAUCAUUAGAUUUAGAUUUACCCCAUUACCCCCUCCCAAAAAAAAAGAUCUUCUCCUGCACUUAUAAUGUACACUUAAAAUGUUUUAUUUUAUUUAGAAUACAUUCAAAUGAAUAUAUGGAACACAUAUUUAGUAAAAUAUUCUUAAGAGCACUUAGAUGGGUUACUUUAAUACCUGUGAAUGUUUCAAGCUUUAAUAUCAUGACUUUAUCUGAUUAACAAAUCACACUCAUCAAUGUCACACUGUGAUCGACUCGACAUUAUGAGCAAACUGUAGGUCACUAAUCAAUUCAGUUCUUCGGGGUAACCGACAGUAUUUUUCUUUUUUGGAGACAGAUUGCAAAAUCUGUAAUUUAGUGGCAGUACGAAAAAUGUGACAAAGAAAUACGACUUAGGCGGUGUGUUUGAUACUAUAUGGAAAGUUUAAUGAAGAUACAUACGUGACCAUACAGAUCCAUAUUUACUUGAGCAGUUGUGGGGUAUUUUCAGGCUUGUCCGGUCCUGUUUUAGUCUCAGGAUCAUAGCGUCAUUAUUUUCCCAUUGUGACCGCAUUGUGCAGCUUUCCUUUUAAUACAAAUUCCAUCCCGGCUGACGAUGUUAUGUGAAGGAAAUACUGAUGUUCAGAUGAAAAAUACGGGAUCUAUCUUUGUGAUUAAUAUGUUUAUAUAUGAAGUCAAAAACUACAGCAUUUACUCUUUAUUCUUUUUCUACUCAGUGUAUAGAUUUUUUAUAAAUAAUGAAGCCGCCUGACCUACAGUAUGUGUCAAUAUUAUCUGUGUCUUUCUACAAAAAAAGAAAGAAAAACAUUUAUUUUCUAUCUUCCCCAACCAAACACUGUCUACAGUGCAAUAUUACAUUAUAAUUUUGUCUUCUCUUUUUUUUUUUUUUUGAGCCAUGGUGUUCAGAUGCUUGGCAGGAUGUAUAAGUUAUGCAACUGGUUCUUCUGUAUACCAUUAACACAAGCGUAAAAUAUGUAGGUGAUUAAAGCACAUUUCAUUAGCACUUUUGUUUGUUAUUCAGAAGAAAGGUACAUAAAUGAUUUAAUUAUGUAAUAAUGGAGGAAAACAUGAGUCUCUUUUGUCAGUGUUGUUGAUCUCUCUAAUUCCUUUUGCUUGGCACACAGCCCACAUGAAGGUAAACCGAAACGUUACGGACAUUGUGCUUUCUCAUUGUCUCAUUUGGGAACAUUUUGGAGCAUGAAAUACUGUAAAAUCUCUUCCUGUUCAGUGGUAAUCUGCAUGAAUCUGAAGCUCCAGUACGGCAAACUUAUGAAACUCUACAGGUACUUUUAGGUUCAUGUAGUUUAAACAACUCGGUGACGAGUUUGAUGCCGUUCAUGAAGAUGUAUCCAUUUUGAUCAAAUGGGGAAGAAGUCAAUAAUAUGUUUUUCAUAGUGUUGUAUGUUGCAAGACAUAAAUAUUGUAUACUCAACUAUAUUAUAAUAAAGUGAACUUGUUAACUAUUC